CGCGCUGCCUCCUUCCAGCUGGUUGUCAUUUCGCUCAGCGGCUCUGUCCUGGGGAGACGGGACUCGGCAGCGGCCGGGAGGGGAGGGAGGCACCGGCUGCGGCAGCGAGCAGGAGGCGGCCGGGGACAAGAGAUUCCGUAAUAUCCAGACUCGCCGAUUACUGAAACGCCUCCCGACUCCUCGGAGCCGCUCUCGCGCCCCCCUCCUCCUGCUCCUCCUCCUCCCCCCCCCCGCGAUAAUCGAUUGUUUUACAUGAAGGGUAAGGGCAAUCGCCUGCCGCUGCGAGGACGCGAAGCGAGGAGAGGACGCUUCGGAGCCGCCGCCGCAGGACCCCACCCCCCUGGCGAUUCCAGCGGUCUCCCUCCCCUGCAGUACUAAUCGAUCGUGACCCUGUCCCGUAAUCUGCGGGCGAUUUGGGAGAGCCGCUUAAACACCUUCCAUGGGGGAGAGAGGAGCCCGGCCCCUCGCCGCCUGCGCCAUCCCCUCCCCGCUGGAGGCGGCUGCUCUCCUGAGGUAAAAUCCCUCCUGCCUUCCCAGACGCCAGGACUUGUGAGAGGGGGGCGGCGAGGGAGUACCCCAUAGAGAACAGGGGCCUGGCGAGCUUAGCCUCCCUCCACCAGCCUCUUGUCCCUUGCCGCAUGCCGAGUCCCUGAGGUAAAAUCCACCCUCCCUUGCAGACAAGGGCUCCCGCAGCUGAAGGAAGCCUACCUAGCUCAGUAAAAGGAGGCGAGCCCGGUACCGAAACCACCCUUCCAGAAGCAGCAGCAAGACACCUCCCUCACCCUCCUCCUGCACAAGUCAUUGCCUGCUCUACCCCCUCCCCGAAUGCUGAAUGCAGAUUUCUAAGAUGAAACUCUUCUUCGGACAGCCAGGACGCAUCUGAAGGACACACAAAUAUCUGAUCAUAAAUAGGAGGCCAGCCUGGCAAGCUCAGAAACCCAACCCAACAGGAGCAGCAUCAAGAAUCCACCCUUCUUCUGCAUAGCUCACUCCCUUCUCAUCUCCAGAAUACUGACUUUCUGAGAUAAAAAUCUUAUCCCUUCAAUAAGCCAAGACUUCUCUAAAGGACACAUACAAAAUAGUAUUUAUUAUACACAAUAAAGGCUUACCGAGCAGCAGCAGGGAAAAAAGCUUCCUGCACAAUUCACUCCCCCACUGAAUGCUAAAAUCCUGAGGUAAAAUCUUCCCAUAUCCACAGCAAGGACUCUUUUGAACAGGAAACAAAUAUAUAUUAGAUUAUAUAGAAUUUUAUUAAAUUAUUCCAGACUUAAAUUUCUUUUUUUUUUUUUUUUUCUUUUUGCAGCCAAGAGGUGGAGGGACCAGACGUCAUUGUUUCUCUUUUCCUCUUAACUCAUUUAUGGCCGAGUCAAGGCUGCUGAGGAGGAAAAAACAGGAUAGUUAAAAUCUCUUUAUAUCUGUCCCCAGAAGAUUUUUCUCCUAUUGAUGUGCAUUUCCUUUAGGAAAAGGAAACCUCUUAUUUUGCUAACCAAAGAUUUAUUUUUCUUUUCCUUCUAACCAGAGAAAGGAAACAAACAUAAAUUGACACUUGUUAAAUAUUUAAAGAGAUUUAUCUUUGAAAGAACCAGAACUUAUAUCCAAAUCAGAAAUAUCUAAGGAGUGUGUGGAGGAAGAAACUGGAAUAUCUAGAUUAAAACAAGAUAUUUGCUAGUUCCUCUUUGGUGGAGGAGGAGGAGAGAAACACUAAACAUCAUUGUUGUUUUUUUACAGGAGAAAAUCAAAUCCUAAAUAUAAUAAAUGGGGGAUUACGGGUUUGGAGUGUUAGUGCAAAACAACACUGGGAAUAAGUCAGCUUUUCCAGUGAGAUUUCAUCCACAUCUGCAGCCUCCACACCAUCAUCAAAAUGCAGCCCCCAGCCCUGCUGCUUUUAUAAAUAAUAACACAGCUGCCAAUGGCAGUAGUGCUGGGUCAGCUUGGCUCUUUCCUGCUCCAGCUGCCCAUAACAUUCAGGAUGAGAUUCUGGGGUCAGAAAAAUCUAAAACUCAGCAACAGGAAAAGCAAGAGUCUCUAGAAAAACAGCAGCUUUCCCCUAGUCAAAGUCAGGAAGCAGGCAUGCUGCCUGAACCUGAGAAAGCUAAAUCUGAGGAAAAUCAGGGAGACAGUUCUUCAGAGAAUGGCAAUGGGAAAGAGAAAAUAAGAAUAGAAUCACCAGUGUUAACAGGAUUUGAUUAUCAAGAGGCUUCAGGGCUAGGUACUUCAACUCAGCCCUUAACAUCCACUGCAUCUUCUCUGACUGGUUUUAGUAACUGGUCAGCAGCUAUAGCUCCGUCGUCUUCUACAAUAAUCAAUGAAGAUGCCAGUUUUUUUCACCAGGGAGGGGUCCCUGCUGCCUCAGCUAAUAAUGGUGCUCUGCUAUUUCAGAAUUUUCCACAUCAUGUCAGCCCUGGCUUUGGAGGUAGCUUUUCCCCUCAGAUUGGACCCCUCUCUCAACACCACCCUCAUCACCCCCAUUUUCAGCAUCAUCACAAUCAGCAUCAGCAACAGAGAAGAUCGCCUGCAAGCCCUCAUCCACCUCCAUUUACACACAGAAAUGCUGCUUUUAAUCAACUGCCUCAUUUGGCUAAUAAUCUUAACAAACCACCUUCUCCAUGGAGCAGCUACCAAAGCCCAUCACCUACACCAUCUUCUUCAUGGAGCCCCGGUGGCGGUGGAUAUGGUGGGUGGGGAGGGUCCCAAGGGCGAGACCACCGCAGGGGACUGAAUGGAGGGAUAACACCCCUGAAUUCCAUCUCACCCCUGAAGAAGAAUUUUGCAAGUAAUCAUAUCCAGUUGCAGAAGUAUGGUAGGCCUAGCUCGGCCUUUGCUCCGAAAUCUUGGAUGGAAGAUAGUUUGAACAGAGCCGACAACAUAUUUCCUUUUCAGGAUCGUGCAAGAACUUUUGACAUGCAUUCACUAGAGAACUCGCUGAUUGACAUAAUGAGAGCUGAAAAUGAUUCACUGAAAGCAAGGACAUAUGGGAGAAGGCGAGGUCAGUCUUCACUAUUUCCAAUGGAAGACGGGUUCUUGGAUGAUGGACGUGGGGAUCAGACUCUUCAUAGUGGCUUAGGAUCGCCACACUGCUUCUCUCAUCAAAAUGGAGAAAGAGUGGAACGGUAUUCCCGCAAGGUGUUCGUAGGUGGACUGCCACCGAUAUUGAUGAAGAAAGAUGUUACUCUUUCAGUAGGGGGCAAGAUCAGUAGAACAAAUCAAGUUCGCUUUCGUCGCUUUGGUCCUUUGAUUGUGGAUUGGCCGCACAAGGCGGAAAAAUCCUAUUUUCCUCCUAAAGGAUAUGCGUUCUUGCUGUUCCAAGAUGAAAGCUCUGUACAGGCUCUGAUUGAUGCAUGUAUUGAAGAGGAUGGAAAACUCUACCUUUGUGUCUCCAGCCCCACUAUCAAAGACAAACCAGUUCAGAUCAGGCCUUGGAAUCUCAGUGAUAGUGACUUCGUUAUGGAUGGUUCGCAGCCUCUUGAUCCACGAAAAACUAUUUUUGUUGGAGGUGUUCCUCGGCCAUUACGAGCAGUGGAGCUUGCAAUGAUAAUGGACCGGCUGUAUGGAGGUGUAUGCUACGCUGGAAUUGACACAGAUCCUGAGCUGAAAUACCCAAAAGGAGCUGGGCGGGUUGCAUUUUCUAAUCAACAAAGUUACAUAGCUGCUAUCAGUGCCCGCUUUGUUCAGCUGCAGCAUGGAGAGAUAGAUAAACGGGUGGAAGUUAAGCCAUAUGUCUUGGAUGAUCAGCUGUGUGAUGAAUGUCAGGGGGCUCGUUGUGGUGGAAAAUUUGCUCCAUUUUUCUGUGCUAAUGUUACCUGUCUGCAGUAUUACUGUGAAUAUUGCUGGGCUGCUAUCCAUUCACGCGCUGGCAGGGAAUUCCACAAGCCCCUGGUGAAAGAGGGAGGAGAUCGCCCAAGACAUAUUUCAUUCCGCUGGAACUAAAAGAUUACUGCAGUGCUCAUAUGCAGGCCUCAAAAUAAGUGCACUCUUCUGUUAUCCUGAUCCCCUCCCCGGCAUCCCCCUUAUUCAAGAUAGCAUGUCCUUUUGUAGUAGUCUGUAAUUUAACAAUAGUAUAAUGAAAGAAUGGCCUAUAAUAUGGGUAUUUUGUAGAAUCUUGUCAUUGAAAACUGUAUUGGGAACGCCUUUUCGUAUUGGUAACAUGUUGCACGUAAGUUACAUCCUCUUGUCUUUGGUAUCAAGAGGACACUUACUUCAUGCAACAUUUUCAUAGAGGAGAGAAAAAUGUUAAGAAAAGAGAAAUGAAAUAGAGUAUUUUGUUUUUUAAUUAAAUUAUUGUUAAUAAAAAACAUAAGAAUACUUUUAUUAAAAUAACCAUGCAACAAUAACACUAUCAGUCUGUUCUGACACUCCCCUCCUUCGCCCCGCCAAGGGAAGCCUGUUUUUUUGCCUUUUCUUACAGUUAAAUUUUACAGCAAUGGAAGAAGCUAGUAACUGCCUAGGAAAGAGCAUGUUUAAAGCAACAAAAAAUGCAUGAGCAAGGUUGAAGCAGCAUUAUAACAAUUAUUUUUACUUACGUUAAGGGUUUUGAGGCUGAAUUUUUUAGCACAGGAUAUUUCUAACCAUGUCUCUGACUUCCAACCACAUCCAAAGUACUAAUCAGCUAGGCAGAGCUUAGUGUAUUUUUAUCAAAACGAUUACCUUUUAAAGGUUCCCAAAUAUAAAAGUUGGGUAAAAUUACUACUGAGUGGAGUGGUGGGGCGGGAGUGCACUUACUACUUUUCAUUAAAAAGAGAGAGAACUCAAUUGUCUGGUUACUGCCCUAGAAAUUCUACCAAAGCUAGAGUAAUAACAACUAGUAAACUGGCAUUUCCUCUCCUGAAGGACAAAUGUAUAGAUUUUAUUUUUGAUGGUUAUAUAUAACUCUAUAUCCUAAUAUACUAACGUUCAUCGGGGCCAACCUUUGCUCUCCAUUUUGACAUGAAAAAUAAGAUACCUCAAGGAUAUCACUGAUUUUAUCUAAGUUCUGGUAUUCCACUGUAUCACCCACUAAAAAUUGGCUGCUAAUUGGUUUUACUCUUGGAUGUAAAGUCAGUUUUAAUAUCCUCUAACUUAGCUAGCUAUAAGGUAGAAAGCAUAAAUAGGAUAAAGCUAAGUAGUCUCUAAGUCUGUUUUGCACUGUUUGCUGAACUAAUAAGUGUGUAAAUCUGUGCAAAGAGGCAUAUGCCUAUCUUUCUCUUCCUGUAGAGAGAAUCCUAAUUUAAGAAUCCUUUUCUUCAGAACUUCGCAUGGGGAAAUAAAGAAUUACAGGUGUCUGAAGUGCCAACUUUGCUAAGUUAAUGCAUGCUUUAUUAUAAAUAAACUCCAGCUUGAGAAGCAUUAACACAAUACAUGGUAGAUAACUGAAUGCUUAAGGGUGAGGUGGGGGUUUUGUUUGAAAUAGUCUCUUGAUGCCCUACAAGGGGCAUCAACUUCCAAACUUGAUUUUAACUAAUGCCCUGGUCAACUUUUAAAAUGAUUGUGUAGCAGUGUGCUAAACAAACCAAUUCAAUGGCAAUCUUCUAAACUGUCUGACUGGCAUGGUACCAUCCUAGAUUCUCUCAAACCAAAGAUUUGCCUCAGCGCUGCAGAAAACUUCUACUCUGUGAGCCCCCUAACCCUCAAGAUUAUCUUUAUGAGAAGCAGUUUUAUUUUCAAUACAGGCUUUAAUGAACUAAACCUUAUUAAGUUCCAAAGGUCAAAAUGGAGACAUUUGCUGUCUACUAGUCAAAUAAAGAAAGGGAGCUGCUUUUAAUGAAAUCCCUGAAAAUAUUGACAACAGUAAUGCAAAUGGAGAGUGCUCUUGUGUAGAUUGUCAGGGACUUUUUUUCUCUGAAGUCCAUAAUUAUAGUUGGAAUGUUCCUUUUAAUUUUUUUAAUGCUUGUUAGGUGGCUUGGGGUGUGAUAUUGUGCCGAUCCUACCCAGUAAACAGGUGAGAUGGGUUAACAUUACAAGAAAUAACACUGUUUGAGAACUAGCUUUGAAUAAUAAUUUUCCCUUUGUACAUGACCUGCUGAAUUUCGGUACAGUGUUUUUGUAGCUAACUUAUUUUGUCAUGCACAUGUAUAUUUGUUAUGCACUACUUUUGUAUAUCUUGUUUUUCCAACAGUGAGCAUUUUUAGGCACACUUUUCACUGACGGGAUAUCUCUUUAUGCAAUACCUCAAUUUUUCAUAUUGCAAAGAGUAGCUUUUUGUACUUUUAUUACUGAGAGAUCUUCAUAUACUUCAUUUUUUAAUAUAAAUAAUUUUAAUAAAUUUUAUUUUCUUAUAUUCUGCUUUUUAUACAUUUCAGUGCUCUGCAUACAUUUUGAAUUAUGGAUGUUGUGCACUGGCAAUGCUAUUUUAGAAUCUGCAGAGAAAAGAAAGCAUGUUGCUUAAACAUCUUAGCCCAGCACCAUGUAUUUGGUGUACAUAUAAUUUAAGAAAUAUAUGUAAAGUUGAGAAUUAAAGAAGAAAAAAAGCAUGAAAGUGACAAAUGACAGUCUUUAGACCCUCAAAAAUUAAAUGCAUAAGUGUAGUGUAGAAAUUUAAAAGUAAAGUAACAUCAAAAUUGUCUACCGCUUCUUACUAAGUUUUUAAAAAUUAUACACAAAUGCAGAUGUUUUUGGUGAAUGUUUAGCCAUUUUUAAUAUUAAUAACAAAUUGAUGUUAGGUGUUUGAUGCAGAAAGGUGUCUGCUCUUUUAAAUUAUAUUUAAAGAAAUAAAAGCAAGCCUGCUAUGUUGCAGGCAUGUAAUGUUAGUAUGCAUGACUAAUGUAAGAAACUGUUGUUCUACUAAUAUUCACUUGUGAUUGUGUGACAAGCGUGUUUACAGAUUAUUUGGUUACACUUCAAUUUACAGGGCAUAAACAAUUACAUAUAUUACUCUGUACUUAGUGAUUACAUGUCCUUUUGAUUACAUGGGAUUUGUAACUGGAGUUACCAUGUCACUCCAAACAUAGUUAACAUGCAAUUAGUUUACAAAUCUUAGGGUAUCACUUCAGUUUGCAAAAGGGUUAAGCCUGUAGUUCUAUCACGCUAGCAUGGCACUGGCCGUGUAUUUACAAUGUAGUUACAGAGUAAUUACAUGGUUAUUUUUGCAGUGUAAAAUAAAGUGUUUCUGAUUACUUUAUAUGUAAAGGACCCCCACUGCCCCGUGCUUUUUGGUAUCGUAUAUACUUCUCCAUACACAGACCUCUGCAGAAUGCAAAUUUAAAACUUGCAGUGAAUGAAUCUAGCGUUUUAUAAGGAUGCUGUUGGAAAGACUUGAUAAUUCACCCCUUUUGUUUUUGAAGAGUUAAAACCUUCUGUUAAAAGGUGAUUUAAAACUUGAAUGUGAUGAAUUGUGGCAAGUUAACUUCAAGUUAUGUGCAAUACUUAUUUCAGACUUCUGGAAGAUCUUUGCAGUGUAAUUCUUUGUUUUUAAUUGCAGACAUUUAAAAAUGUCAUUUUCUACUGUUCUAGUAAAUCCUCUUUCUUGCUGGUGUUUCUAAAGAAAAGAAUCAGAAAUCAAUCUUUCUACUAAUGUAAAUUUGAGAUUAUUUUUAAAAAAAGGAAUAAAAGGUUUGGUCAUUUGCUUUAUUUUAUUAUCUUAUUUUAAAGCUACUGUGAUUGAUAGCAUUGUAAGAAUUGGGACAAUAUUGUAUUCAACUGUUUUAUUUUUAUAUUUUUAAAUUUUAAAGUAUAAUUAGUUUUUAUAAUUUUCAUCAGAUUUUUGUUAUAUUUUUUGGACGUGAAACUUUAGCAAGUGGGUGUCUAGUUUUUACUAAUCCCUAAUAUGUUUUUCCCCCAAUGUAUUGCUCAUAUUAUCAGAAGGAAAAGUUAUUUAAGUAUGUCAGUUAAUUGUACUACUUGGCUGAAUUUCCAUAUAGUUUUACUGUGUAUGGGGAGGUUGUAGUAUUUAUUAUAGCAUUUUAAAUAAGGGUAAUUCAUUUUAUUAAAGUAAUUUUCACAUUUAAGUUCAUAUUUUGUAUGUUCUACUCUAAGUUAUAUAACACAAGUUACUUUUUUAAAGAGUUCAUUUGUUGAAGUGCUAGUGGAAAAUUAAUGUUAUUAGUUUGCAAAUGACUAUUUAUACCAGUAUGCAUAUAAUUUUUAAAUAUUUGUAAUGUGAGAUGUUGAAUGAAUAAAACUUUUAAUUCAAA